AGGGUGCUGUGUUUGCCCCUGAGAGAGACAAGGCAGUUCUUCCCCUGUCUGUGCACCAGUUUCCACAUAGUGCUUUGUUAGAGGGAAAGGAGUUGAGAGACUGGAGAGAAGAAAGGCAGACAGGAAAAGAAUGGAAAGAAAGGAGGGAUGAAAAAGAGCAGAAAGAUAUCCUCUCUUCUGAGAGAAAAGCACCCAGGAGCAUAGGGGAUCUUGAAAAGGCUCACUCAGAUUGGGGAUCUGGAAAUGCAACUGCUCUGGUGCCAGCAUGUCCAAGAGCAAGCAGUAUCCCAGGAUUCCCGUCUAUGCAAAUCAGUAGUACAGACACAGGAUUAGGGAGCUUCUCAGUGGACAAAAGCACAUUGUGGGAGAAACAAUCAAAGGCAUUGCGUGUCUUGCAAGUGGACAUACCAAAAGAGCAAAGAGACAUGAUGACAGGGAUGGUGAACUUAGGACCUUCUUGCCCAAAGAGGGCCAGAGCAGAUGGUUUUCCAUCUGUAGACUCUCCAAAAUCAGAUGUCUGUCAAGUUGAAAGGGCAACAAAUAUGGUAAACCUUGCACCAUCUUGUCCAAAUGUAGCUAGAGUCAUAGGGAUGCCAUCCAUUAGCAAUGCCUACAUAAACGAGAUAGCUUGGCCAGUUAACAAAUUCCCCACAUGGCAGAAACCUCUAAAUAGAAAAACAUCAGUAACUAUAUUGUCCACCCCAUUCCCUAAAAUCUCAAAACGAAACAAAAAAAUUAUGAAAAACAUGUUUGCCAUUGUUCCCUCAUGUCCCUCAGCCUCAAGUAUUCCUGGAUUCCCAUCAGCAAGGAGAACUCAGAAAGCACAAAUGCAAAUGAAAUCUUUGUUCUCCUCAUGCCCAAACAAAUCUAAUAUUGCUGGUAUCCCUUCAAAGUUAGUCCAGCCAGAGGACAACCCUAACAUUGAGUGGUUGAAUGUCAGGGGAGAUCUGUGGGUGAGGAAACCACAGAAAAUACCAGAUUUACCCAAGCAGAUAUUUGUAGAGGACACAAAGAUUUGUAGCACGAUGUGGGCUCUAGUGCCAUCCUGCCCAGUUGCUGCCUCAGUCCCUGGUUUCCCUUCAGCACCUCAGCAUAUAACAGAUAAGCAUCAGAUACGAAAAGAGCCUGCCAUUGAAAAUAUUGUACAUGCUUGCCCCAAAUUGUCUAGAAUUCCAGGAAUGCAGUCUCAAGAUGAGACUAAUUUUGAACAAAGACCUGACAAAACUGUUUUAUGGGACAAGCCUCUUCAAAUGAAGAGUUUUGCCAUAGAAAUGUUAGAUUCAGGUUAUCAAACGGUUGGUAAAGAUAUGGUGGCUUUGGUGCCUUCAUGCCCAGGAGUUGCAAGACAUCCUGGGUUUCCAUCUGCCCCACGACUCCAAGUUAAUAUAGCACCAAAUAUGGUAAAUAUUCUCCCAUGUUGCCCAAAGUUGUCUAUAGUUCCUGGAAUGCCAUCUCAAGAUGAGGCUAUUGUUGAACAGAUUCCUGACAAAACUGUUUUAUGGGACAAGCCUCCUCAAAUGAAGAGUUUUGCCAUAGAAAUGUUAGAUUCAGGUUAUCAAACGGUUGGUAAAGAUAUGGUGGCUUUGGUGCCUUCAUGCCCAGAAGUUGCAAGACAUCCUGGGUUUCCAUCUGCUCCACGACUCCAAGUUAAUAUAGCACCAAAUAUGGUAGAUAUUCUCCCAUGUUGCCCAAAGUUGUCUAUAGUUCCUGGAAUGCCAUCUCAAGAUGAGGCUAAUGUUGAACAGAUUCCUGACAAAACUGUUUUAUGGGACAAGCCUCCUCAAAUGAAGAGUUUUGCCAUAGGAAUGUUAGAUUCAGGUUAUCAAACAGUUCGUAAAGAUAUGGUGGCUUUGGUGCCUUCGUGCCCAGAAGUUGCAAGACAUCCUGGGUUUCCAUCUGCCCCGCUGCUCCAAGUUAAUAUGGAACCAAAUAUGGUGGAUAUUCUCCCAUGUUGUCCAAAGAUAGCAAGGGUUCCUGGUUGCCCAUCCAUAGAGAGUGCUUUAGCCUCAGAAUGGCCCAGUGACCUCAAGUUCUUCAUUUGUAACAAGCCAUUAAAAGAUAAGUUGAUAGGAAUGUCAGGUGUUACUCAUUACUCAAGCCUGGAGUAUAAAGAUAUGUAUGCACUCAAGCCAUCUUGCCCAGCAAAAGCAUGUACUCCUGGGUUCCCAUCAGCUCCACAACCCAAGUGUUUGGAAAUGUCCAAUAUGAUAAAUAUGACAUCUUCUUGUCCGAAAGUGUCCUGUGCUCCCGGGAUCCCUUGCACUGAGAGACGGCAGACUGGGCCAUGGCUUUUUAUCAACAUGCCAGAAUGGGAGAAACCAUUUAGAAAACCACAGUCAUUGGUACAGACUUCCUCUGUCCUGGAAAGUUUGCCAAAUGAAAGUCAUAUAAUGCAAAGAAUGGUAUCUUUUGCAUCAGUAUGCCCAAGAAAAGCUUGUGCUCAAGGUUUCCCCUCUUCCGCGCUGCCUGUAGUUAAAAGGAUGCCACAUAUGUCUUCCAUUCUCCCAUCCAUCCCAAGAGUCAGUAAAAUACUCGGCAUGCCCUCUUCAACUAUGUUGAUUUUUGACAAAAGCCAUUCAAAGUCAUGGUCAGUGCGCUCAUUUACAGAGGUCAAGAAACCACUGAAGGAGAGGUCUGCCAUGAUCACUGCCUGUCAGUAUGAUAGAGAGACUGUGGCAAACAUGUUUCUCCUUAAACCAACAUGUCCAAUUAGGGCUACAAAUCCUGGCCUUCCAUCUUUAUAUAGGCCCCCAGUAGUGGAGGAAUAUACAUCAAGUGUGCUUUAUCCAUCAUGCCCAAGGGAGUCUUGCAUCCCUGGAAUUCCCUCUUUACUGAUAAACCAAGCUCAAUCACCAGAAGCUGCAUCAUGUAAGCAGCUGUCACUGGAGAGACCUUUGAGGGGAACACAAUUUGGAACUGCACUUGCCUAUCCCACAACUGAUAACACAGAGGUUUAUAAAGAUAUGGUGGCCUUGCUACCAUCUUGCCCUAGAGAGGCAAGGAUCCCUGGUUUCCCUUCUGCUCCUCCUCCCCCUAAAGUUGUCUCUGAAAGUCCAGCUUGCCCGGAGAUAGCAUCAACUGAUUUAACUGAGAACAUUGUUGAGGUUAUCACAGAGCAAAGUGUAGUGGAGGAUACAGACGUGUUGGAUUUGGUGACAUGCGAGGAAAGUGAAGACACUGGAAUAUGCAUUGAAGUGAAGCACAUAAGUGAUAUUUCAUUUAUUGGCGAACCUGGUAGUCCAUCCAAAGGGGAAUGUAAAGAGGAUGUGGUCCUUGUAGAGGACAAACCCUCCCCAUCCUCUGCACAUGACACUGCAGACCUCUCAGAGUCUGGGCUUGUGUUAGAUUGGGAGGUGUUGGAAGCUGAGGACUCUUCUGUAGAAAAAGAGGAUGGGUCGACAGGCCUUGUAAAGACAAUAGUUGAUGUCUUUCACAAAGGUUAUGAGACUGUUGCUGCAAUAUUGCAUCCCUCGAGCCCAUCAUAUCCACAUCCCACUGAUGAGGACAAUCUCAAGCAUUUGUCCUCCUCUGUGGACCCCGGUGAUACUGAUGAACUUGUUCAAAGCAAGGAGGAAGCAAUGGGAGCAUCAUCAUGCCUUGGAGCAGAGGAAGCAGUGAGGUUUCCUGAAAGUGCAGAGCCAUAUAUGCACCAUUUAUCUGAGGGCAGAUCUGAGUCGGCUUCAGAGGAUGAGUGUUGGCUGGUUGAAGGUAGUGGUUUUAGUAUGAUGAAGAAAUGGCCUCCUCUAACAGAGCAUGAUCUCUAUGAGAUCACUAAAGAGGAGGAAUUAUCUGGGGCAAAGGAAUUGGAAGAGAAAGUGGACUUGCUGAGCCAAACUAAAGAGAAACCGUCAGUACAGGAGGCAGAUUCUGGACCAAGUAAGGCAUUGGAGCAGAGCAUACCAACACUCCCUGUUGACACGGAAGAGGAACAACGUAAACUGAUGUUUCUGGAACAGGGUCCCGGGCACCUCAGUGCAAAAGGGCCUAUUGUUCCCUCUCCUCUACAGCCCACCACUGAGGAGACUUCACUUGUCUCACGAGGGUCUCACAGUGCUGAUGAAUCAAAGCCUGCCGCAGUAGUUGAUCUGGUUCCGCCACGACGUACAAAGAGAAAAGACAGUUUGAACAGAGAGGCUGUACAGGCUGUUGAUUCAGAGUCAGGGAACACUGAGAGGGUUGCGCUCUCUAGUGUUGGUAAACUCACUCCAUCUCAGCAAAGCAAGGAAGAAAAGUCGGAGGGGUCUCACAGUGUAGAGACUUCUGCUGUUGAAAGUGUGUCUUCGAUGGAGUCUGUUGGAGGUGAUGGGCAGCAGCAGGUAACUUUGUCCUUAGUGGAAAUGGUAGAUGGGGUUUACUCUAAACUUACCGUGGAGGAAAAAUCUCCUCAAACACUGGAUGAUGAAGCUGAUUCAUCUAAAAUGCCUCAAGUGCCUACAGAUGAAAGUGUGCCUUCUGAGAAAGAGAUAGAAGAACCUAGAACUUUAGAUGUAUCUCUCCCAUUGCCACAGACCAAAAUACAACUCAGUACCCCCCUCUCUGAUGAUUCUCUACCACUUCAAACAGGUGCACUGGAAAACAAAGGUACAUCCAAAGACAUUGACACUCAUGCUGCUAAACACAAUCAGACUGUAACUGAAGCUUUGCCAACGGCAGAAUUUGUACCACCCCCAAGCAUCAAGAAAGAAACACCCUCUCCUCUUAUCACUAAAGACAAUUCUACCUCUAAAGCUCAGCCUAGGGACUGUUCACCAGCACAAAAAGAACCGGUGGUGCCCAUGAGAAAAAAGAAGGGCAGGUCUCAAUCAUGUGACGUCUCUCAAGUAAGCAGUACGGAGACUAGUAGGGAGAUGAAGCUGGAGACUUCUGAGUCAGAUAAACCUCUAGACUCAGAAACAAAGUCCACGUCUAACGCUCAGUCUAGGGGUCGAUCACCAGGGCCGAAGGCACCCAUUCGAAAAAAGAAGGGCAGGUCACACUCGUGCGAAAUCUCUGCAGUUGGCGGUACGGGAAGUUGGAGAGAGACAAGACUAAGGGCUCAAGAAUCAGAGAAACCUACAUCCAAAGAAAACAGGUCAUCCUCUCAUCUCACAGAAAACACAGCCACGUCUAACACUCAGUCUAGGGGUCGAUCACCAGGACCGAAGGCGCCCAUUCGAAAAAAGAAGGGCAGGUCUCACUCAUGCGAAAUCUCUGCAGUUAGUGGUACGGGAAGUUGGAGGGAGACAAGGCUAAGGACUCAAGAGUCAGAUAAGCCUCCAGCUGAAGUAUCGGACCAGAAGAAACCAGACACAGACAUUUCUAAGAUCGUAUCUGGAGUGAAGAUGCGGAAGAAACCUGCAGGGCUGCCUGUUCCCAUGCCCCGUGUUCACAAGCGCCGGAGCGGAUCUUUUCUAGAUGACAUGCCAGCAGCAGACAAAGAGGCCUGGGGUAAGGCCAUCACUGAGAGCCUAACAAACUUACCUGUUCCCAUGCCCCGGGUGAAGAAGCGAUUGAGUGGAUCUUUCAUGGAUGUUGCCUCAUCACAUGCAGAAUCUAAAUCAUGUGCAGUGGAAGCAGCAGCGGAGAUGGUGGCCAAGGUGAGAGAGGGUCUGUCUAAUUUACCUGUCCCAAUGCCUCGUGUGAAGAAGCGCCUCAGUGGAGCUUUCCUGGAUGACUCUCCUUCAGCUGCAGAGUCUGGUGUCUGUGGAACAGAAUCAACAGCAAAAGCUAGGGACAAAGGGGUGAGUGAAGAUCAGUCAAGCUUGCCUGUUCCCAUGCCUCGCAUGAAGAAACGGCUAAGCGAAUCUCUUCUUCAAGAUGAUGUUUCACCCGCUACAGUAACUCAGUCCUCUGUAGUCAAACCAGCAGAGAUAGAGGCGACGUCAACCUUACCUAUUCCCAUGCCUCGUAUGAAGAAACGGUUAAGCGGAGCUUUCCUAGAUGACACGUCAUCACCCACUGAAGCGCUAACAUCUGCGACAGAAUCAUCAGUAGACUUAGAGGCCAGAGAGAAGGCAAGUCUGCCUAUCCCUAUCCCUAUGCCUCGCUCAAAAAGGAGUCUCAGUGGAAGUUUCACUGAUGGGAGCCCUCCCUCAGACUCGCCACUGUCUUCGCCUAUAGGUUCUUAUGAGACUAAAGACCCAUUCCUCUCAAAACUGGAUCAACUUUCUAAUGAGGGCAUCUGUACAGACUCUUCCUCUGUUCCCGAUUCCGUUGAAGCAUUUGAAAGCAGUGAUGGGAGGGAGGAGAAUUCAAAGCCCUCAGUCACCACUGCAGCCUCUGAGGAGGAAACAGAGACAGCUGUCUUACUGGCAGGAGACCUGACACAUAUGGAUGAGGAGACAACCACCGAAGCCAAUGCUGAACCAGCGCCAGAAACUACAUCUGUGUUGAAGCUAACAGAAGGUAGCACAGAGGGACCCGAGCAGUCAGUAGAAAUGUUUGACCAGACAAAUCAAGCAGAGCCUACGGCAGAGUCGGAUGUCAUAGAGCUCGUUGAAGGCUCUGAGGUGCCAGAGGCAGAAUCUGGGCAAGCAGAACAGGAGAUGCCAGAGAGCAAAGAGUCUGUAGAAGUAGAAGCUGAAGGUGACAGUGCCUCAGCUGAUGAAAGCCAGGAGGGAGCAGCAGAGGACUCCAGUCUCCCUGUUCCCAGACCCCGCAUGAAGAAGCGCCUGAGUGGCUCGGAGGACUCACAGUCCCCUCCUGGUCAGGAAGAGCUCUCGGACAUUCCAGCUGUCGUGCCACGACGCAGCAAGAAGAAAUUGAUAGCAGACCCCGUAGACCUUCAGGGAAUAGGCUCAGCUGAGGGAGAGACAGACAGAGUCACAUCUCAGGAGAUUCCCAAUCUGGUAACCUCCAGCCAGUCCCUGCUGCAGUGGUGUCAAGAAGUGACUCAGGAUCACAAAGGAGUAAAGAUUACAAACUUCAGCACUUCAUGGCGGAAUGGACUCGCUUUCUGUGCAAUCCUGCAUCACUUUCAGCCAGAUAAAAUAAACUAUGAAAUGUUGGACCCUUACGACAUCAAGCAUAACACCAAGAAGGCUUUUGAUGGCUUUGCGGAACUGGGCAUCCCCCGUCUGAUGGCGCCCUCGGACAUGGUCCUGCUAGCCGUGCCCGACCGCCUCAUCGUCAUGACCUACCUCAACCAGAUCCGCACGCACUUCAUGGGCCAGGAGCUGAGUGUGGUGCAGAUUGGCCGCGACACCAGCGAGUCCAGCUACGCCGUGGCCACUGCCACUGAGGGCCGCGAACACGCCGACCCCGAGGCCGCCGCCCGCUACUGCGUGGCCCAGCUCCAGAGGAGCGGCAUCACCCUGGAAACCAGCGGCGCCCGCCCGGCGCCCGUGGAAAGGGCAGUGUCGCAGGAGCGGGACGCUACCAAUGGGGACAUGGUGCCACCUCCACGCACCAAACGGCCUCAAUCUGUGGUGGCCUCGGGAUCGGGAUCGAGCCUGUUAGGGCCUGUGGCCCCUCCUCGGUCACACUCGACAUCGUCCAAGUCAGGGUUUGCCCACGUGAAGGAUGCGGACCUGGUGAGGAAGAGACGCUCACAGCUCAGGGGGGAAUCCAUGGAAGAGUCAGAGCUGUCAGAAGCCCCAAGCCGAUCAGAGAUUGCCUCAAGCCAAAUCAGUGUGAUGCGACCGGACUCACAAAACCUUGAGCCGGAUGAGGGUAGAAUGGCGGAAGAAGAGCCUCAGGACACCAGCCAGUACGUGCAGAGUGAGAUGCAGGCCCUGGAGAUGGAGCAGAGACAGAUUGACCGCAGGGCGGGCUACGUGGAGAAGAAACUGCGAGCGCUUAUGGAGAGUGGUACUGACCGUAUAGAGGAGGAGAAGCUGAUUCAGGAGUGGUUCAUGCUGGUCAACAAGAAGAAUGCUCUUAUCAGGAGACAAGACCAGCUGCAGUUGCUGCAAGAAGAGCAGGACCUUGAGAGGCGAUUUGAGAUGCUCAAGAGAGAGCUGCAAGACCUGAUGGCCGUGGAGGCACGCCGCUGUCGACUCUGGUUCGAACUGCUGAAGAGAGAGCUCCAAGAACUCAUACCAGAGCAGGACUGGCAGAAGACUCAGGCCCAUAAGCACAGGGAGCAGCUGCUGCUGCAGGAGCUGGUGUCGCUGGUCAACCAGAGGGACGAGCUGGUGCACGACAUGGACGCCAAAGAGAGAGGGGCCCUGGAAGAGGAUGAGAGACUGGAGCGAGGCCUGGAGCGGAGGCGGCAGAAAUACGGCAGUCGCAAGGAGAAGUGUUCAAUCCAGUGAGACCGAUGGAGAGAGAGAGAGACAGAGAUAGAGAGGGUCAAAGGUCGUCUGUUGACCGCCUCCUCUGACCACUUUCUUGAUCGUUUCCAUCUCCUCUCCCGGCUGUUACAGAAAGUUCCUGGUUGUAGAAGAAGUGGGAACUAGCAGGUCUAGAUGGAUUUACAGUAUGGUGGACAUUGAAGGGCUUCGGCAUCUUCAGACUGCAUAUUAUGAAAUGUUUUCAAGACUGCUGAUCCAUAAAAGCUGUGAGGAUGUGAGGGUCUAUCUCAGGCCCGCAGGACUGCUUAAAUCUCCUUGUACAGUUGCCCUUUUACAUGUCAUCGUGUAUUAAUGGACAGUGGACUUUGUUGUUGAUCCAAAGUCUCAUGAAGCUGGCUGAUUGCGUGCGUGUUGAAGGUUAGGCAUAUGUGUCCUCACGUGGCCUGUCUCCAUACUGUUGCACACGGAUUGCAACAGUGCAUGUGAAACUGGUAAUGGAAGUCCCCAGUUGGAUACAACUGCAUGCGAUUGCUUCUGCCUACACCAAAGAUGUUACACUUUAGUUUCUUGUUUUUAUACACCAGGCUACUUUGCCAUUUUUUAAACUAAUACUGCCGUAUCAGACGGAUGUAAAAGAUUGCUGUUGGUUUGACUGUUUGUUUUGUUUAAGAAACAAAGCCAAAAAAGCCUGCUUUAAGUUACUGAAUGUAAAACUGAAAGGGGCGGGGAUGGGAGAACUUAACAGGGGAAAACAAAUCUGCAGUGAGGUGUUUUGUGUUCGAGGCCUUGACCACGAGAGAAGUUUCUGUGCCCAGUCCUUUGAGGAGGGCAGUCUGACCCGAGGGAAGGAACAAAAGCUUUUGAGCUUUCAGGAGGCCUGACAGGAAAAUGCUCUUACCACUCUUUUGUGAGGUGGCAGUGUGUGCUCUGUUACAUGAGACCAUGCCAGGGAGCUCUACGUAGCACCUUCAAUUGAGUCCAUAUCAAGAUACAGUCGAGAGACUCUGUGUUUAUUUGUUUUGCAGUUUAAUUGUCCAACAUUUAAAUAGGGACAAUAGAGAGAAUGAAGAUUUGACAUCCAAUACAUAGACAUGUAUACUUCAUCCAUUAUGAAGUAACGCCAGCUAUCUUUAUUUAACCUAAGUAAUGGUUUCAUCAUGAUAUUUUAACAAACAAAUAAGUCUUUGGUUGUGUAAUUGUAGACCUAUCUGUUUGAAAUGCUGAUGUGCAUUUGUCAUAUUCGUUAUACAGCACAUGCAUCGCAUACACGGUCAUGCAGAGUUGUACUCACAUAGACCUUAAGUAUUUUGUUUUGAAGGUCAACAACUACAGUAUUAUUUCAGGAAAUAUCUGACCUUGAAUAGGAUUCAAAAUUGUGCAAUGACGAACCAGCAGCAAAAAAGAAACAACAACGAAAUGCCAUGAUCUAUGUGUAAGCAGGUUUAAGUGUGAAUGUGUUUGCAGGCAUGCAUGUGGUUUUUGUGUGUGAAUAUACAAUAUGUGUAUGUGUAAGUUUGGUUGACACGUUUAAAAUCUGUGAUAAGCUCAGAUAUGGAAAAAACUUUUGUGAAACUGAAAACACAGUCGCUAUUGCCGACUUUAUCUUCAAGUGUGUGUGGUAUGUUUUUUGUGAGAAGUUUAUAUCCCAUGGCAACAAGGCCAUUGACAGUUGCAUUAUGGUAUAUGUGUACUAUUUUUGUGUGAGAUACCUGUAGGAAAUAAAUGACAUUUUUUGGGAAAGUCA